CGGGAAGACGAGAGAAGCGGACUGAUUUCCUCUACUAUGGAUGGGAAUAUCUACGAUCAGUUUGGGGAGGUCGUCGACAAAAGGCUUGGAGGAGUGAGGGCUGAAGCCCAACGAAGAGCGGCAGCUGGGCCGCAACCCCCUGCCAUGUUCAGGCUAUGGCAGGAAAAGAUGGAACUACCGAUUGGGGAGGAGGAAGUAAGGAGUGAUGAGGAAAUGGUUCAAAGGCUACUAGGAAGGAGUAAGAAGAAAGAGCCCAUAAUCAUUGAGGCAGAAGACGAAAGUGGGGAGGAAAGAACGGAGUCUCCAUCCGUCUUAUAUGGGAAGAUGGAAGACCUGCUGGAUAAGAUGGGGAGGUACCAACGGAAGCUGGUGGGCCUCUGUGAGGAAGUGAAGAGAUGGAAAUCUAGCAUCCCCAAGGUGUUCCUCUACUACUCCGGUCCGGAAUCAACACCUUGGCGACCCGGAGUAAAUGUGGUGGGGUCAUGCCCACAAUCAAGAAUGAGGGGGAGACCCCCCACUCCGCAGGCACGGCUGACGCAGGCAGCGCGAACGAGAAAUCAAGCCAGAGUCAGCGCCAGCCAAGAACCUCCGAGGAGGGAGGCAGAGCCAGAAAAGAGAAAGGAGGUCGUGGAAGUAGAAGAUGAUGAUGAUGACGAAGAAGAGGAAGAGGACGAGAGGCUGCGUAGGGAAGAGGAUCAGAAAGCGAAGCAGCGGGCGAGGAAAAAGGGAACCAGGGGAGAGGUCGAGCCGGUCGUGCGCGACGGACCGCCCAAAAGGAAGAAAUACGCGUUCCGGUUGGAAGAAGGAUUUGACGUAGAAAAGGUGAUUGACCGGGUGAUGGAAGGGCAUAAUGACCUCAUGACCCUGAAGGAAAUCUUAGCGUCAGCCCCGCGACUCCGCGAUGAACUGAAGGGGAGGUUGUCACGACGUUUGGUGCCCAAUGUCCAUCUGGGUACGAUUCUGUCUAAGGAGGCAGAGUGGUCGGAGUCAAGCACGAAGAUGGACUGGAAGUGCGUAGCCUGCGCUACGGUGGAUUUGAUGGUGAAGGGGUCCAAGUGCGCAGCAAUGGUGGACACCGGGGCAGAAAUGAACAUUAUUCGGGAGGCAGACGCGAUCAGAUUCGGGCUGGAUAUAGACCGUUCUGACUGCGGUAUUCUGCAUGGAGCCAGCUGUAAGGCCGUGUUUUGCGGGACAGCCUCGAAUGUGCUCAUCGAGGUUGGAAAGGUGAACGUCAGGGCAUGCUUCUUUAUAAUGCCAGACGUGGACCAUGGAAUCCUCCUAGGGAGGUCAUUCCUAAGCAGGACAGAGACCGUGAUGUUUAACAAACAUGAUGGGACGUUGAUCCUCCUUUUAUGCGAUCCUCCCUGCGGGAAUUAUGAAACAAUUACUUGCAGGAACACCGGGCCAAGGAGUAUAAGGAACCGGCCCAAUCCAGGAUCGUUCACGAUCGAGGAGUCGAAAGGGGAGCGUAGGAGACUCUGGGCAGAGCCCGAAGCAGGAGAGAGGGUGAAAGCAUUUUUCCUCAGCCUGUCAGAUACUGGGAAGGCCAUGGAUUUGGUCGCCGUGCAUGAGAUGGCAGAUCCGGAUGCCAUCCAGGCCUUGAGGGAGCAAGUUCUGGAAUGCCCUGAGGCAGGAGGGUUGGAAUUGGUAUAUCGGCUCCCAGGAAGUGGAGGGAACCCCGCAUCAGCGCAAACACAAUCCGAUUUGCAAAGAUUGAAUGCAGUGACCGUGCGAGAUGCUGGAGGGCUGCCAAAUGCAGACGCGCUGUCGGAAUCCUGUGCUGGAAGGCCUAUAAUUUMGCUUAUAGACCUUUACUCAAGAUACGAUCAGUUCCCAGUCUACCCGCCGGAUAGGCCGGUGACGGCUAUGCAUACGCCGCAAGGACUAAUCCACAUGAACGUGGCCCCUCAAGGGUGGACCAAUGCGGUAGCAAUGGUCCAACGGGCCAUGAUUCGGGCUAUGCAGUCAGUCAGCCCCCAUAUCCCACAACCAUACAUUGAUGAUUUGGCAGUGAAGGGGCCGGCGGUGAAAGAGAGCGACGAAGUCUCACCGGAGGUAAGGCGUUUUGUCUGUAAACACAUUCAGGACCUCGAAAAGGUCCUGAGCUUGCUCGAAGAGCAUAACCUCACGGCGAGCGGGGCCAAAUCCAGACACUGCAUGAGGGAAGCGACUAUCUUGGGAUUCGUCUGCAGUGAGAAAGGCCGAAGGCCGGAUGUGAAGAAGACAGACAAGAUUAUUGAGUGGCCAGUUCCGUUCCACUCAAUAACUGAUGUCAGGAGCUUCCUUGGUACGUGUGGAUUUUGGAGGGCCUUCGUCAAGAACUUUGCCGCUAAGACUGAACACCUGAGGAAGUUAGUCCGUCAGGAUCAGGAAUGGGUAUGGGGUGAAGAGCAGGAAGAGGUGGUGGCAAAAAUGAAGGAGGAAUUUCGAGAAGGAGGGUUGGUGUUAGGAGCGCCAGAUUAUGACGCCACAGAGACGCGGCCCUUCAUUAUUGAAACGGAUGCGGGACCGACUGCCUUAGGGGGAGUUCUAAUUCAGGCAGACAUGGAAAGAAAAGAAAGACCCUUGCGAUUUGAGAGUCGGACUCUCUGUACAACAGAAAGGAACUACUAUCAGUUUAAGAGGGAGACCCUUGCUGUCCUCCACUGUCUGCGAAUCUUCCGGAACUAUAUCUUCGGCAGGAGGUUUAUUUUGAGAGUGGAUCCGACCGCCCUGGCCUACUCUCUAAGGAAUUACGUUUCAUCGGAUCCAACGGUUGCCAGAUGGCUGACGUACAUCUGGAUGUUCAAUUUUGAGUUGGAACGGAUUCCUGGCAGCAAGAACCGGGCAGACGGGCUGAGUCGGAUCAACUGGGAUAAGCAGGAAGGGGAGGCGGUGGAGAAUACGCCCCCAGUUGAUGGGUUUCUGGAUCAGGAAGAAGAUGUUCGUCUCCAUAUCAAUAAGUGGUCGCCGCGGGUGCCCAGCUGUGUAGGCUAUCCUAUUUGGCAAGCGCCGAAUGGGUAUGAAAGGAGGAAUGGGCUAGUCCUUAAGCCCUUUGAGGAAGAGGAUCCCUGGGGCGGUAAGGAUGUUCAGUGGAUGAUGGAAUUAGCGCUGGCCAGCUCGCAUAGCCUGGUGGAGGAUAUGAGGACGAUUGAGGAAGGACCUGGCCAGGUAGAACGGCAUGAGGACCUGAUGGGAGGAAUGUAUCUCCUCGUCAAUACGUUAUUGCAGGAAAGCCUAGACCAGUCAGGCUCGUUGAACCCGGCAGGGGAUGUGAACGAAGUGCCCGAGAGCCAGGACGACGAGUUCGAGGAAGGGGAGAUUAAAGAGGCGUUUCAUAUAGAGGAAUAUGACAGGAUCUACCUAGAGUUAGGGCUUCUUCUAUCAUGUGAAAUGCGGCUUAGGGAUGCAAGCGAUAGAGCUCAGAGGAUGCUGCAACGCUAUCUAGUGCGAGACGGCCACCUUUUUGUGCGAAGAGAAGCGGUAAAUCCUAGGAGAAUCGUCUGCGGUAGAAAUCGUCAAAUCGACGUCAUAGCUGCGCUUCAUGAUGGCAUUGCGGGAGGGCACCGAGGGAUACAAGCUACGUAUGCCAAAAUAAGUGAGCUCUACUACUGGGAUGGAAUAAUGGAUAUGGUCGGGAAGUUCUGCCGAUCUUGUGUACCUUGCCAGGAAAGGUCCCGUUUAAAACAAGGAGAGCCGCUGCAUCCAAGGCUAGAGCGAGAGGUGGGGGCCGUAGUACAUCUCGAUCUGCUUUUUAUGUCGUUUGGGGAUCAAGGCUAUAACUACAUCUUCGAUGCGCGCGAUAACCUGUCUGGGUUCGUAGACGGGCGUGCUAUUCGCACGAAGACCGGGUCAGUCUUAGUGAACUGCAUCGAGGAGUAUUACUUGCGCUAUCCUUUCGUCAGGGAAUUCGUAAUGGACAGGGGAUCGGAGUUUACUUGCCAGGAAGUGCAAGAACUUUUAUCAAGGUAUGGUGUGGCAGCCAACUACACCACGGCCGCGCACCCCCAGGCAAAUGCUCCCGUGGAACGAGGACAUAGUACCAUUACGAAUCUCCUGGCUAAAUGGACAGAAGGUAGGCCUAAUCARUGGCCAAGAUACCUAAGGGCGGCUUUCUUUGUUGAGAAUAUUACAGUAAAAAGAUCCACCAAGUACGCACCGGCGACGYUGUGGUACGGAAGGCACGCCACCUUCCCUAUCGAAAGCUUUCUUAACACAUGGAGGCGCCAGGAUCUGGAAGUUAACCUGUCAUUUGAAGAAUUGCUCGAUAUUCGGGCGCGGCAGAUAGGGGCGAUAGAAGAAAGGAUCCAGGAGGCGUCUGACCAGGUGGCGAGAAGCCGUAUGGACGAUAAGGCUCGGUGGGAUCAAUCUGCGCGGGUGAGGAAAGUACCCUUGGCAGUUGGAGAUGUCGUGCUUCUCUACGAUUCAUCACUGGAGAAGCAAUGGUCCAGGAAGCUCGAUAAGAGGUGGUUAGGUCCCUACCGGAUCGCACGGGUCAGAGACUUCGGAGCAUACCAGAUCGAGGAAGCAAAUGGGACUGAGUGGAAGGAUUGGGUAUCUGGAACGCGACUGAAGAAAUUUGUGGCGAGAGAGGAGGAUGAGAAGUAUGAAGAGCAAGUAGAGGAGGUGCCACGAGAGAAGGUGCCACAGGAGGAGAUACCGCAAGAGGAGGUGUCACAGGAGGAGGUGCCACGGAAAGAGGUCCACGGUACCCAGCGAGAGAGAAGGCUGGGCGAUGAGGGGAGACGUGCAGGGAAGGAAGUGAUAGAGGUUGGCGAGGACACGCCCCCACAGACGCCAGCAGUGGGUUUGAGACUCAGAGAUGCACCAGGGAGCACCCAACACGCGAAGGAGAGGUUGCAAUUAGAGGAGGCUUCUUUACCGUCGUCAGAGAAGGCUCCUUCGCCAGAAGGGAGGGCAGCUAUAAGGAGGGAAGCUUUGACUUUGAUUGAUAGGCACUUGGCAGCUCAUGCACUGGAGCACCCAGACCUGGAGGAGCCAGCACCUGCAGAGCCACGCCAGGAGUCAUGCCAGCCCGAGAAGGAGAUGGAAGCAGAGAUACCAAAGAGGGUCGACCUCCGCACGAGAGAAAGGGCGCCAGCUGGAGAGACGGCUGAAGAAAAGAGGGUGAGAAGAACUAGACGGAUAGAAGAGAUAUGGCAGGAGAGGCAGAGAUUGGAGGCAGCGGGGGAGCUCCCGGAGCAGCAACAGGAGGGGCAGCGAUCAGAGGCAGCAGGAGCACUCCCGGCUAUCAUCGAGAGCCUGAGGCAGCAAACCCAGGGAAGGGUGGACAGGCCAGAGAGCAGCAGGCAGGGAGAGCAGAGGCAGCCCGGACAAGGAUUGCCAGGACAGCCAUCUGCAGCAGAGCCUCGCCAGGAGCCACCUAUGGGGAGAGCUAUCCUGGAACCAGAGGAGGCAAGAGCCCGGAGACAGGCGGAGAGAGAGGCAUUCGAGUUUAGAGCCCCUACUGAGCUCGCGACGCUGCCAGUGACGGCGGCAGGCCCAGUCGUACCUUUGGUAGUAGAGGAGGGGCCGUCACCAUCUAGCAGUGAGCCGGCUCAGGGCUCAGCAGAGGGAUCCAUGGGCGUGCUCCUUAAGGCGGUGCAUACUAUGCAGGAAGAGGUGAGUUUGUUUUCGCCUGAGCAGAGGAUAGAGGAGCCUCUUGAGAGAGAGAUGGGGAUUGAGCUAGAGGGUGCUAUCGAGAGCAGACUCCAGACGAUAGGCACGCCUAAGUAUGGAUCAGACGAGAUUGAGGAGCAGCCCAUGGCAGCGCCAGGAGAGACACUCGAGAGGAGACCUCAUAGAUUGGACACGCCUGAGUACGUCCCAGCGACAGAGGACUUGAGAGGUAGAGUAGGAUCUUGGAUUACUGAAUCUGGGUCUGCCGGACCGGUUCCUGGGACAGAGCAGCAGGAGGUUGUUAGUACCGCAGCUCCUCGAUCAGAGCAGCAGGGGGAUGUCGGUACCUUGGUGGGAUCUCUUUCAUCGCCACCUCCUCAGCCCAGGAAGAAGAAGUUCAAGAAAAAAGUAGAUCAGCUAUGUUUCUACUGCAAGAGGGACGUGCAUCUGGCUUUGGACUGUCUCGAGUUUCUUGAGGAUAAGGCAGCAGGGAAGGUCUCAGAGGUAAAAGGUAAAAUGUAUGAUAGACAGGGUAAGAUAGUAGAGAAGUCCGCAGAUGGACUUAGGGCUCAGUUAUAUAGGCAAAACAAGGAGGAAUUGAGGAGGUAGGGUCGGUUUUGUCUAUAUAAGUGAGCGAGCAUUUUGUGAG